AUGGAAGUUGAUCCCUUUUUACAAUAUUCAUGGUAUCCUGAAUCUGACAACCUAUUUCUGCUUCAUCUCCAUGAAAUAUUCUUUUCAUAUUUGUUUUACCAAAUUUUAUCAUCAUUUAUAGUGCCAAUUGCCAAUAAACAAAUCUUUGGUCAUCAUUAUACAUCAAUUACAAGUGAAAAACUUAAAAUUGAUUUCGAUAUCCACAGUGUAUCUAUGGUACAAUGUACUAUUUCAUUAUUCUUAUUAGCUCCAGUACUAACUUUACCACUUGGAUUGAAUAUAGUUACAUACCAUGACCCUUACUGUUCUUUAGUAUCAGCAAUUACCAUUGGUUAUUUUGUUUGGGAUAUUAUCGUUUGUAUUCGUUAUUACAAUUUAUAUGGUCUUCAAUUCUUAAUCCAUGGUAUUAUAUCAUUCUAUGUUUUCUGCAUAACUUUAAUCCCAUUCUCACAACCAUGGAUUGGUAAAUUUUUAUUGUUUGAAGCAAGUACACCAUUUGUUAACAUCAAUUGGUACAUUAUUCAAUUGACAAAAACCGCUAAAGAUGGAAAAGCAGUAGUUCCAACCUGGUUCAACGUAUUGAACGGUAUAUUGCUAAUGGUGGUAUUCUUCCUUGUAAGAAUUGUUUGGGGGUUUACUGCAAUCACAUUAUUGGUAUUUGAAAUGUGGAAGAUUAGAGAUGAAUUACCAGUAUUACUGAGUAUUUCAUGUGUCUUAUUAAAUUUAGUGAUGGACUUCUUAAACGUCUUUUGGUUCUCUAAGAUGAUCAAGAUCGCAAAAAAAUUGGCUUCUUCACCAAAACAAGAUCAUAAAGAAUGA